AUGAUCGCCAAAGCUCUAAAGCCAUCUACGCUUUCACUUCUUGGACUGAUCCUGCUUCCUUUCACUAUAUCAGCAGGAGCACUGCCAAUAGGUGUCUGCUAUGGGCUGAAUGGUAACAAUUUACCUUCAAAACAGGAUGCUAUAAAUCUAUACAAGGAAAAAGGCAUCACAAAAAUGAGAAUUUAUUCCCCAGUACCAGAAGUUCUCAAUGCUCUAAGAGGGAGCAACAUAGAACUCCUCGUCGAUGUAUCAUUCGAAGAUGUUAAACCACUUGCAACAGAUGCUUCAGUAGCUCCUAUCUGGAUUCACAACAAUGUACAAACCUAUUGGCCUGAUGUCAAGUUCAGAUACAUAGCUGUAGGUAAUGAAGUGACCCCUGAAUCUGAAUAUGCUCCAUUCAUCGGUCCUGCCAUCGAAAACUUGCACAAUGCAAUUGUAGCAGCAGGUCUACAGGAACAAAUCAAGGUCUCAACUUCAACAUAUCCUCCUCUUUUAGGUGCAUCCAACCCUCCAUCACAAGGUUCAUUCAGCGAUGUUGCCAAACCAUUCAUCAAACCUAUUAUUGAUCUCCUAGUCGGACACAAUGCACCAUUGCUUGUCAAUAUAUACCCUUACUUUACCUAUCUUGGUAAUCAAGGCAACGGAGAGCUUGAUUAUGCAUUAUUCAGGUCACCUGGAGUUGUUGUUCAAGACGGUUCAUUGGGGUAUGAAAACCUUUAUGAUGCAAUGUUGGAUGCUUUUUACUGGGCUCUGGAGAAAGAAGGUGGAAAUACUGUCGAGAUUGUUGUGUCAGAGACUGGCUGGCCAUCUGAGGGAAGUUCUGCUUCUUCAGUGGAAAAUGCUGGAACUUACUACAAAAAUUUGAUUAAUCACGUGAAGGCAGGAUCAGGGACUCCGAAGAGGCCUGGAAAGGCCAUAGAGACCUAUUUGUUUGCCAUGUUUGAUGAAAAUGAGAAAACAGGACAUGAGACUGAGAAACAUUUUGGCCUUUUCACUCCAAACAAGCAGCCCAAAUAUGCAGUUAGCUUCAACUAA